AUGGCGUUCACGGAGCAGGAAGAGGGGAGCUGGGCUGUGGCGGCGUUUUCGCAGGCGACGCUGGAGCGGGGAGAAGGGUCUGCGCAGGGCGGUGGUUUGGCUGUCGGGGUGUUUUCUCUUAAAGAUGGCGGUGGGAGUGAUAUCAAGUGGAGUGACAAUAAAGAAGUCCUCUUCACGCCCCCUCCCCCAGAAGACGCACCACCGCCCUGCACAAGCUCCACCACCUUCGCAAACAUGCUCCGCGUCAAAAUCGGCGAAUACAUCGCGCCCGGCCGCCACGCCGGCGUCCACGGCGGCAAAGAAUACCUCCUCGCAGGCACCACCUCAGGCACCCUCUUCAUCAUCGAGUCCCCCUCCCUGCACCCCUCACGGCGCCUCCCGCUCUCCGCCACCCCAAUCGCAUCCGCAACCCUCCUGCCCACGACGCUCGGGAAGCGCCUGCGCUCAACGCUGUUUGUCUCCUCGGCCGACGGCACAGCGUCCAUCGUGGACGUGGAGCGCGCACGCAUCAUGGCCACGUUCCCGUCGCACCACUAUCUGCACUUGACGUCGUUUGCGGCCAAGGCCGCGCAGAACGUGCUGCUGCUCACGUACGAGGACUGCGUGCGGCGCGAGUGGGACCUCGGCGAGGAGGAGGGCGGCGUGCUGCGGCCGCCGCCGCCGUCGAGUCGCGGCACUGGCAGCGACAGGAAUGGCGGUGGCGGGGUGUAUCCGGCGGACCUGGCCGACGAGGGGUGGCACGAGGUGCGGGUGGGGAGUUUUGAGGGUGGGGAGGUUGAGGAGGGCGAGGAGGAGAACGAGGGCCCUGUGGGCGGCGAGGCGGCGAUGAGGGCGUGUCUGAGGUUCUGCGAGGAGGGGCUGCCGACGAUGGUGGUUGAUGUCAAGAGCGUGCUGGACACGCUGGGGGCGGCGGUGCAUGUGGCGAGGCAGCGGAGUAGGCGCCAUGAGCGGGUGGUUGUGGGGAAUAAUCCGGCGCUGAUCACGGCAAAGGCGCUUCUCACGGCGGACGACUAUGAGUGGCGCACGUCGGUUGAGGGGUAUUUCUUCAGGCGGAAGACGCCCGCGGUGCUGGGGCAGAUUGGGGCCGGGAAGCAUAUAUCGUUGCUGGCGCCCGAGGCGUUUACGCGCAGUGGGGAUGCGGUCUGGGGGAUUGGGGGCACGGUGACGAGUAUUGUGUUGCUGGCUGCGCUGGCGCUUGUGGGUGGGCUGUUGGAGGCGGGGGGGAAGGAGGAGUUCUUUGAGACGGUGAUUGGGAGGGCGAUGGAGAACUUGAACCAGGGGACGGCGAAGAAGGCGCCGGCGCUUGGGGUGUUUGCAAAGUAUUGGAUGGACCGUAAUUUACUCGUUAGGAAGACGGCGAGGACUCUUAUGCAGAUCUGCAUGCAGAGCCUAACCAACGAACAGAGGGAUGACGCUGUUACGUAUUGGUCAAGAUUCCUACCUGUUUUGGUCCCGCCAGAAUUGUUUUCCUCGAAAGAUGUUGUGAGGAGUGUUGUGAUCUUGGGCAAACUGACCGCCGAUUACCCAGACAAGAUUGAAGCGAGCGUCAAGAAGAAUGUUGCGCUUUCGGUGGAGCUGCUGCUUGGUGAUAGCAAUCCCCAUUUCCAGGACACUGCGAUUGAGUUGGUUGGCGAUGGCUGGUCUGUCUUUCAAUCGCUGUUCGACCCUGCUGAAGUAAUCCACAUCCUAAUCCGCAUCUCCUCCACCCCACCCGACACCUUCCCCGAAUCGCGCCGCAAAACCGUCCACGACUGCAUCCUCUCCAUCGCGCGCUCCAACUCGCCCCUCCUCGGCUCAGGCCUCGCAAACAACAUCGCCCACGGCACCCCCUCCCCCACCCCCCCAGCCGCCACAACCACCUCCACCGCCGCCACCACCUGCGUCGCCGCAAUGCGCAUCGCCAUCGUCGUCGUGCGCGCAGACGCCAUCCUCUUCCGCGACAUCCUCCCCCUCCUCGUCGCCGCCACCGUCAAGAUCCUCGACCCCAGCUCGCCGCUGCGCGAGAAGGUCCUCCCGACCGUCACAGAGCUCGUCAACGAGCUCAUCGAGGCCUACCCCAGCAUCGCGUUCCACCGCCCCACGCAGCGCCUGGCGCUCAGUGCCGCGCCGGGGACAAUCCUCAUCUUCGACCUCAAGGCGGCGACGGAGAUGAAUGUGCUGCAGGGACACGGCAGCCUUGCGAAUUUCCUGGCGUUUAGUGUUGAUGGGAGGUAUCUGGCGGCCGUGGACCUGGAUGAGGGCGUGGUGCUGGUGUGGAGGUUUGUGUCGGGCUUGCUGAGCUUUAUCGGUGGGAGUGAUGGCCCGCCGGGGGUGCUGGUGCCGAGGAGGAAGGAGGCGUUGAGGAAUGCGAGGAGGGUGGGGGUGGUGGAGGUGGAGUGGACGGGGGAGAAGAGUGUCAAGGUUACGGCGGGGACGGAGGUGACGGUGGUGGCGAAUGUGGAGGGGAAGGGAGAGGGUGGGUGGGGCAUUUUGUAA